ACCACUUGCCUCGAGUCCCCGCGCCCUUAGCAACCACCGGCGAUGGAAAGCGGAAGGGCGUCUUGGUCCCGCCCUCCCCGUGUUAACUCAGGUCCGUCGAGGAAGCGCGUCGGUCAAAUCACCGCGGGGAGAAUCUCGAUCAGCCAAUAGAAGGGAGGCCCGGGAGGCGGGCCAUAAAGGUCGCGUGCGCACGCGCAGACGGGAGCAGGCUCCUUGGUGCUGUGGCGGUGUGGUUGACUAGGGUGCUACUUGGAGUCGUGUGGCCCUUGAAAACACCGCAUAUCCACCGCUGCCUCUUCUUGUCCUCGCCAUGUUCCUCACUCGGUCCGAGUACGACAGGGGUGUGAAUACUUUUUCUCCUGAAGGAAGAUUGUUUCAAGUGGAAUAUGCCAUUGAGGCUAUCAAGCUUGGUUCUACAGCCAUUGGCAUCCAGACAUCAGAGGGUGUGUGUCUAGCUGUGGAGAAGAGAAUUACCUCCCCACUAAUGGAGCCUAGCAGCAUCGAGAAAAUUGUAGAGAUUGAUGCUCAUAUAGGUUGUGCCAUGAGUGGGCUAAUUGCUGAUGCUAAAACUUUAAUUGAUAAAGCCAGAGUGGAGACACAGAACCAUUGGUUCACCUAUAAUGAGACAAUGACGGUGGAGAGUGUCACCCAAGCUGUGUCCAAUCUGGCUCUGCAGUUUGGAGAAGAAGAUGCAGAUCCAGGUGCCAUGUCUCGUCCCUUUGGAGUAGCAUUGUUGUUUGGAGGAGUUGAUGAGAAAGGACCCCAGCUGUUCCAUAUGGACCCAUCUGGGACCUUUGUACAGUGUGAUGCUCGAGCAAUCGGCUCUGCUUCAGAGGGUGCCCAGAGCUCCUUGCAAGAAGUUUACCACAAGUCUAUGACACUGAAAGAAGCCAUCAAGUCUUCGCUCAUCAUUCUCAAACAAGUAAUGGAGGAGAAGCUGAACGCCACGAACAUAGAGCUAGCCACGGUGCAGCCUGGUCAGAAUUUCCACAUGUUCACUAAGGAAGAACUGGAGGAAGUGAUCAAGGACAUUUAAGGAGGAGCUAUCCUCAGACAUCUGUGGGACAAUUUCAGUUCUCCCAAUUGCCCUUAAACUUUAUUUCCAGCUCUUAUGUCAUGGAAAAUAUCCAAUAUAUGUGUGUUUUUUUAUGAUGUCUGUACAUUACAGCAAUUCUGAAAUAAAAAAAUUUUAAAAUA